AUGAUAUUGUCUGUUAUGUUACUACUAAUAAAAUAUGCAUAUAAUAAUACUAAGUCUGAAUAUGGUAAGUUCACAGUUAGUUAUGUUAUAUUGUUUAAAGAUAGUGAUAUAACCUUUAGAGAAGAUUGGAAUGAUUUACCUAUAUUUGACCAAUUAUAUAAACUUAUAUUAAAUAAAAGUGAGAUAUACGGAUCGAUUGAAAUAAAAACUAUCAUUAUAAGAAUAUAUCUUUCUGAUCAAAGACCUUGCGAAUCACCUUUAUUGUCCUAUGAAGAGGUGGGAAAAUAUAUAUUUGAUAGCUUAAACAGCAAUGUUGUUAUUGAACAUAAAGAACCGCGAAAAAUACGAGCAUCUAAAAAGAAGCGUAUUUAUAGUAAAUUUAUAACAACACUCAAAACAGGUGAUAAACUAAGGCAACAUUUCAUUGUUGCUAAUACCGAAACUAUUAUGAUCAAGGAAAAACAAAACCCUUACACGGAAGUACAUGUCCCUUACGCUAUUGGAUUCUUAUUAGUAAGAUCCGGUAAUGAUAUAUGUUAUAAUAUGAUUGAGACAUAUUUCAGUGAAAGUUACAUAACUCAUAACGUUAUAAAUGCUAAGAAGUACACAAUAAAACCACUUAUGAGAAAUAAUAGGCUAUACGAGGUUGUCGUAUUUAAUGAUAAUAAACUUAUAUUUAAUCUAAGGGAUUCCUUAACUCCGCUCCCGCGUUCUCUUAAAGAUUUAGCUCAAAAUCUCUGUCCUCACUUAAGAAUUAAGGGUCCAAUCAACCAUGACGAUAUAAAACUAGAUAAUCUAAGUUCACUCAAAUAUCAAUUGAUAGUAAUAACUGAGUGA